AUGGAAAAACACGCUCACCCUGCUCAAUUCCCCCCGGUACAGAACCUAUCUCCACGCAUCCCGACCAGGAGUGCCCAAUUCAACAAUGCCGACCAAAUCGAGCAAUAUCUCCACGAAGACGGCCAUCGCGCCUGGGGGUUCGUCAUAUACCGAUGUAACUACGAGAGCAACACGGCCUGGGAGGUAUUUAUGCGUCGUCUACUCGCCAACACUGAGGAGACGCUAGAAGGGGAAGGGGGCCUUGAUUUACUUGAUAAUCUGGCUGUGACUGUGUUUGAGGAUUCGAGUUUCGACGGGGCCCCUGCGGCGGUGGUUAGGGACCAUUUCGAGCGGUGGGCGGCGACUGCAGCCCAGCAGGAACAAGGUACCGGCCCGGGAAUGUCGGAACGAUACUUGUGCUGUAUUCAAGUUACGCGGGAUGUUUUAGACUCGGUUCUCGCUGGUGAGGACGGGUUUGUGCGUCUGAUUCGGGGGGAUUGGAGGGAGUAUGAUCCGUACGAGGAGGGGGAGAGGUUAGAGGAGGAACAGGAGGCGCUUGAGGGGUGCACCUUGGAAGAUGUAGGAUGGAUGCAGGUUCCAUUUGAUGGUGUGAUGGUUAUUCCUUGGUAUUACUUGCGUGGCUGUGCUUGGGAGAGAGAGUAUCGUCGUCCGCCCACGAUUGCUUGUUUCUAG